CUCCUCCCUUCUCGUCUCAUCACUUCACACACCAAUCCCCACUCCCCAAGGGAAGCGAAGCGCACGCACACUGCCCUCCGGCGACGGCGAGGCCCUCGCCGGCGGAGGAUCGGAUCGGAUCGGAUUGGGUGGGAUCCGGAUCUAGGUCAGCACUGGCAUCGCCGUUGCGCCGGUGAUGCCGACUCCGAAGCAGCGGCUCCCCUACUCCACCUCCGGCGGGGGCGGAGGAGGAGGGAGGCGCGCCGCCUCGAGCUCCGCCGCGCUGCCUCCCGUGGUGGUCCUCGUGUUCCUCUUCGUGGUCGCGCCUUCGCUCUUCUUCGUCGCGCGCAAUGGCGGUCGCGGCCACGUCCACGUAGCCUCCGAUCCCAAGGGCAAGAAUGUCGAUCAGGAAGCAGCAGCAAUGAAGAACCUCAAAUCUAUUUUGCCUAAGGAGGUGUUUGAUGCUAUAACUGCUAGUCAACAAGAAUCAGGCACUUUGAGUCUUGAUUUUUUCAGGAAUCAUGCAUCUCCCUCUUGGAAAACUGAUGAUCUAGUCACCGAGAAGAGCAUGGAUGUUGAUGACAAGGCUAAAGCUGAAAACAGUUUGCCAGAACAUGAUCUACCAACAAAUAGAUCACCCAAAGAUCCAGACGAACAUCAAGUUGAUAAAGCAGCAAAAGUAGCUCGAAGGAAACUUAGGGAGAAAAGGCGUGAGAAGAGAACUAUGGAUUUGGUUCAUAAAGAUGAUGAAGCACGUGCUAAGCUGGAGAAUGCCGCUAUUGAGCGAUCAAAAGCUGUCGAUUCUGCUGUGCUUGGAAAAUACAGCAUAUGGCGAAAAGAGAAUGAGAACGAGAAUUCAGACUCUACAGUUAGGCUGAUGAGGGACCAAGUUAUUAUGGCUCGUGUCUAUUCUGUGCUUGCUAAAUCAAAGAACAAGAACGAUCUAUAUCAAAAACUGCAGACCCGAAUCAAGGAAAGCCAGCGGGCUGUUGGAGAGGCAUCUGCUGAUGCUGACCUGCAUCACAGCGCACCUGAGAAAAUCAGAGCAAUGGGUCAAGUUUUAUCAAAGGCGAGAGAAGAACUUUAUGAUUGUAUGGCAAUCACUCAGAGACUAAGGGCUAUGCUUCAGUCAGCAGAUGAACAGGUCAGGAGCUUGAAGAAGCAGAGUACAUUUCUUAGCCAGUUGGCUGCAAAGACAAUUCCAAACAGCAUUCACUGCUUGUCUAUGCGUCUGACAAUUGAUUACUAUCUCCUCCCCCUUGAGGAAUGGAAAUUCCCAAGGAGUGAAAAUUUAGAAAACCCAAAUCUCUAUCACUAUGCACUUUUCUCAGAUAAUGUCUUGGCAGCCUCUGUUGUUGUGAACUCGACCAUCAUGAAUGCUAAGGAACCAGAGAAACAUGUUUUCCAUCUUGUGACUGACAAGUUAAACUUUGGAGCCAUGAACAUGUGGUUUCUGCUGAACCCACCUGGCAAGGCCACCAUCCAUGUUGAGAAUGUGGACGAAUUUAAGUGGUUGAACUCAUCAUACUGUCCUGUGCUGCGGCAACUUGAGUCUGCUGCCAUGAAAGAGUACUAUUUCAAAGCUGAUCGUCCCACCACACUGUCAGCAGGUUCUUCGAACCUAAAGUAUCGGAACCCCAAGUACCUCUCUAUGCUGAACCACUUGAGGUUCUAUCUCCCAGAGGUCUAUCCAAAGUUGGAUAAAAUACUCUUCCUCGACGAUGACAUAGUUGUGCAGAAAGAUUUGACAGGGUUGUGGGAUGUUGAUCUUAAUGGAAAGGUCAAUGGUGCUGUGGAAACCUGUGGGGAGAGUUUCCACCGUUUUGACAAGUAUCUUAAUUUUUCAAAUCCACACAUUGCUCGGAACUUUGAUCCAAAUGCAUGUGGCUGGGCUUAUGGGAUGAACAUCUUUGAUUUGAGGGAGUGGAAGAAGAAAGAUAUUACUGGGAUCUACCACAAAUGGCAAAAUCUGAAUGAAGACAGAGCUCUUUGGAAGCUUGGGACACUUCCGCCUGGCCUCUUGACCUUCUACAAGUUGACGCACCCACUGGACAAGUCAUGGCAUGUUCUUGGAUUAGGAUACAACCCAAGCAUAGACCGUUCAGAGAUAGACAGUGCUGCUGUGGUUCAUUACAAUGGGAACAUGAAGCCAUGGUUGGAGCUAGCAAUGACCAAGUACCGACCAUAUUGGACCAAGUAUAUCAAGUAUGAUCACCCUUACAUCCGUGGGUGCAACUUGAGUGAGUAGAUAGUCGUGCUGAAACUGACAGAUGAGGAAGAGCCUGUUGGACAGAAGUGUUCCACUACCAUGUCCUUGCGGUGCGUUCUUUGAUACAGCAAAGUGGUACUACCUGAAGCUCUUGAUUGCUUUCCUCCUCCCCUCCCCUCCCCUCUCCUCCCCUGAAAAUUCACUGGUGGAUGUUCUGACGAGUUUUUUUUUAUAGCGAUGUGUUUUUUUAUUCAAUUAUUAGUAAUGUGUAGUUAUAUUCUUCCGUCAAAAUUAGCAGGAGAAAAACUUCUAAAAUGUGCUUAUCCGGCUGGUGUCGCGUGCUGCUUAGAGGUAUGUCUAGAGAAUUGAGUGUUGCCGGAAUUGGAUUGUCUUUUGUAUCAGAUCAGAUGAUAUAAAGUACCAGGAGUACAAUCCAAAGCGAAAGGCAUCAAUCAAGUGGAUUACAGGGUUAACCCUGAGUCCUGACCAAUGUAAAACUAUUACAACUACAGUAUCAAGAAAUGCUGGUAUCCUUUUGAUGAUAACUGGUCUUGUAA